CCGCCUCGCGCCGACUUUAAGCCCCGCCGGUCUUUCCAUCCACGUCCACUCGCCACCAGCAUCCGAAGAGAGAGCAAAGCAAACCAAGGCCACAGGGCAGAGCAGGGGACGGAGGGAAGAAACCAGCAGCCAUGGUCAUCCCCAUUGCCAACCUCUCGGCCGUCGUCGAGGCGGCCAAGGCCGUGGCCACUGAGAUGCUCCCGGCGGCCGUCACGAGGGACGCCGUCGUCGAGGCGACCAGAGCCUCGGCCGCAUGGCUCAUGACCCACCUCUGGGCCUGGCUCGCCGUGGCGCGGGCCUUGGCCGUGGACCAUCUCCCCGCCGGCGCCGCGGCGGCGGCCCAGAGCGCGGCGGGCUCCGCGGUCGACGCCUCGGGGCCGUGGAUCCAGACGGCGGCGAAGCUCCUGAACGGCGUCUACGGGUGGCUCGUCGCCGCGGUCGUCGAGAAGCUCCCCGACGUCGCCGCCGAGAGGCUCCUGAGCGACGCCGCGGCGUGGGUCAUGCGCGGCCGCGGGGCCGCCGUGUACACGACGCUGGCGCUCGUGCUCCUGGCCGUCGCCUUCCUCGGUGGCGCCGUGUGCGCGCUCACCUGCCGGACCAUGAAGGGCCCCGGGCUCGGCGGCGCACGGGUCCCACGCGCCUUGUUCAAAACCAGCCCCAGGCGCUACGCCACCGAGCGGGCUGCGCGGAAGGCGCGUCGCGGCACCGGUUGCAGGCUGCUUCCGGCUGGGUUUGUCAUCGCCCUAGUGGCCUACCUGGCAGCGAAGGUGCUCUGCUAAUGUGUUUAUGCUAGGUGGCCAGAUCUUAUAGUCAUAGAACUGGAGGGGUUACCUAGCUAUCUCUGUGGAGCAUGCCCUGCGAAUCAAACAUGCACAUGUUUUGCGAAUUUGAUGUGGCAUGUUAAUUGUUGCUGCAUCAAAAUUUUAAAUCUUUCUAUCUCGCUCUUAAUUGCCCGUAUAAUGUAUAAAUGCCACUUGAUUUCAGGAGAUCUACGUUAGUGCAAUGGUAGUAGAUUGAGUUUAUGGGAAAGGGCAGGCAUACCCAUUGCCCAUUCCCAAAACUUUUCAGUUCAUUUAACCGAAGAUCUGAGUUGUUUGUAGAACUAUUUUGAUAUGCAAAAUUCAGAUAAGUCUA